GUGUGAUGUGACUAAGUGCGGUUCUCUUCCUCGUUUUCUCUCUCGCCUGAUUCAGCCUUCACGCUCUUUCACUCCGAGUUGUUAUUCAGACUUGGAAAAGAUCUUCCUCUAACACCUACUUUAACUCUAAUGGAGUACGCAGUUGUCUGGAUUUAAUUACUUUACAGCGGUCAAGGAGCUGUUAGCUGCACUGGUAACGUUUUUAAUUACAGACUGAAGUCUCUUUUGAGAAUUCUCCCAUCAGCAAUAAUGUGCUUAUAGUGUGUGUGGUGUGAAGGUGAGAGAAUGGACAUCAGCAUGGUGCUAGGAGGUCAGGACAGUGUGCUGUUGUCUAGCAGUCCUGACCAGGUGGUCAGCCGUCUUAAGCAUCCUUGUGAGGAGCAGGAUCGAAGCUGCAGCCCUUCUGUCCUGCGCUCUGUGACCAGCACGUGGAAGGAUGGCCUUCUGAACCGGAAACGGCCAUUUGUAGGAAGAUGCUGUUACUCUUGCACACCCCAGAGUCAGGGGCGACUUUUUAACUCCAGCAUCCCCUCAUUAGGACUUCGCAAUGUAAUUUACAUCAACGAGACGCACACAAGACACCGAGGCUGGCUGGCACGGAGACUCAGCUACGUGCUCUUUGUCCUGGAGAGAGAUGUCCACAAAGACAUGUUCGCCCGCAAUGUGGUAGACAACGUCCUCAACAAUACCAGGGUGCAGAGCGCAAUAGAGGAGGUGGCAUCAGAGACAAGAACAGACCAGAAGGCCGUGAGUAAAGUGAGGCGGAAGGCCAGAGGCUUUCUGCAAGAAAUGGUGGCGAACAUCUCACCUAGCCUCAUCAGGUUGACAGGAUGGACGUUGUUGAAACUGUUUAAUGGCUUCUUCUGGAGCAUUCAGAUCCACAAAGGUCAGCUGGAGAUGGUGAAGAAAGCUGCCUCUGAGUACAAUGCGCCGCUGGUCUUCCUGCCUGUGCACAAGUCUCAUAUUGAUUAUCUUCUCAUCACCUUCAUCCUUUUCUGUCACAACAUCAAAGCCCCGCACAUUGCAGCUGGCAACAAUCUCAACAUCCCCAUCUUCAGCACGUUGAUUCGCAAACUGGGAGGAUUCUUCAUUCGCCGUAAGCUGGAUGAGACCCCAGAUGGAAAGAAAGAUGUCCUUUAUAGAGCUCUCCUGCAUGCGUACACAGAGGAGUUGUUGCAGCAGCAGCAGUUUUUGGAGGUUUAUCUAGAAGGCACACGCUCUCGCAGUGGAAAGCUGUCUCCAGCACGUGCUGGCAUUCUGUCCAUCGUGGUGGACACCCUGCAUGCCGGUUCUAUUCCAGACGUGCUCAUCGUGCCCGUUGGCAUUUCCUACGACCGCAUUAUUGAGGGCAACUACAACAGCGAGCAGCUGGGAAAGCCCAAGAAGAAUGAGAGUCUGUGGGGCGUGGCCUGUGGUGUGUGGAGAAUGCUCCGGAAGAACUACGGCUGUGUGCGUGUGGACUUCACUCAGCCUUUCUCUCUCAAGGAAUAUCUUGACACGCAGCGAAGUCGAAAUCUGCCAGCCCCACUGACUCUAGAGCAGAUCCUCAUCCCGACCAUCAUCGCAGCUCGGCCAGAUGAGGCUGUGUUUAAUAGAGAAGAAGAAGAACACCCAGAUUCCAGAGAGCUGUCUGACGAGCCCUGGAGAAGGCAGGUCAUCUCUAACCUGGCCAAGCACAUUCUCUUCACCGCCAACAAGUCCUCAGCAAUCAUGUCUACUCACAUCGUGGCCUGUCUCCUGCUGUACAGACACCGACAGGGUGUGGUGUUGUCCAAGCUGGUGGAGGACUUCUUCAACAUGAAGGAAGAGAUCCUUUCACGGGACUUUGACCUGGGUUUCUCAGGGAACUCCGAGGACGUAGUGAUGCAUGCACUCAACCUGCUGGGAAACUGUGUGAAUGUGACCAGCACUAACAGGAAUACAGAGUUCAUCAUUGCCCCGAGCAACACUGUGCCAGCACUCUUUGAGCUCAAUUUCUACAGCAACGGCCUCUUUCAUGUCUUCAUCGCGGAUGCCAUCAUAGCUUGCAGUGCUCUGGCCAUGCUGAGGGAGCAAGUCACAGAAGGUGAACUCAGCACCUCCUCCACUCUGCUCAGCCAAGAGAGACUCAUCUGCCGAGCAGCAGGGCUCUCCCACUUCCUUUCCAAUGAGGUCAUUGUUGCCCUGCCUUGUCAGACUGUCUACCAGGUCUUCCAUGAUGCCGUAACCAGACUGAUCCAGUAUGGGGUGCUGAUUGUCACCGAUGUGGAUCAGGAGGAGCUGAGCCCCUCAGAGGAACCCUGGCCUAAGAAGUUCCCAGAGCCUUUGUCCUGGAGGAGCGACGAGGAGGAUGAGGAUAGUGACUUUGGAGAGGAGCAAAGGGACCGGUAUCUGAAGGUGAGCCCGUCCUCUGAACACCAGGAGUUUUUCACGUUUAUGCAGCGAGUGCUCAGCCCGGUGCUGGAAGCUUACAGCGGGGCGGCCAUUUUCGUACACAGCCUGCUCUCGCCCAUGACCGAGAGAGAGUACACACAGAAGCUCUUCAAAUACCUGCUCACACGAACUGAGAAAGGGGUGGCAGCGUAUGGAGAGAGUGCUACACACUACCUCGUGAAAAAUACAGUCAAAACUUUUAAAGAACUGGCGGUGCUGAAGGAGCGCUGUGAGAACGGUGUGUGUCGUCUGGAGCUGAGCACUACGUUCCAAACUCAGGCCAACAGGAACAAGCUCCUACGGUACAUCCUGGGCUUCAGCCUGCUGUGAGCCAUCAGAUUCCUUUCUCUGUCUUGCUUAAGGGCUUCUACAGGCAACAACUAUCUAAGGUGCUACUCUAUGGAAGAUUUACCUAGAAGUGCCUUCAGCAAACACCUAGGACUGGGUCAAGCCCAACUUGCGCAGUUUCAUUUUUUCACACUCAUGGCAGGAUGGAUACGCAGCUAGCUCACUCCUCCCUCAACCACCACCCAGACAGCUGUGAAUGAUCACUUUUGCCUGAAUUUGUUUUACUUUCAAUUUGGGUUUUGCUCGAGUCUUAUUUUAACUGAAAAGGAGAAGUACAGAAACGUCUGUCUCACUUUGUGCAUAAUUUUCCCUUCAGUUUAGACCACUGUAUUUCAAGGAUAUCUGGUGUAGAUAAUAAAUUUUUAAGGGCAUUAAACUGACUAGAAUUGCUGAGGAGCCUGUAUAUAGAAAGUGUAGCUCCUGUCUUUCACUGACCGUCCUGUAAAUGUAAAGAUUGUGAUGUAACUAUAUUUAAACCAUUAACGCAAUUUUUUUCUUUAACCCUGCAAAAAAAAAAAAAAAAGUACGACACCUGAACUGUUAACUUUUCCUGCACUCAUUAGAUUUCAAUGCACAGAGAAAUGAAAAGAUUACACCUAGGUAUGUAAUAACAGCAUGCUGUAAUAAUUUUAAUUUUGUUUCUUUUAAUUUUGUAAAGCUGUGCUUCAAACACUGGUCUUGAAACACCAUGAAUCCAGUUAGAAUUGAAUUUGCAGUGGCUUUCCGUAUAGGACGACAGAGGUCAUGGAUCAGAUUUUCCUGUAUAUUUGGUGAGUGGAGGAAAGGUCAGUCCCUCAGCAAAUCCUCACAGGUUAUUUUAGUUAACUGUACUCUGUUAAAAUAGAGCGGUGUACUGUACACUGUAGAAUGGUAAGAGAGUCAUUAUACUAUGUGCAGAUGGUGUCGUAGAGAGAGAUUACUGUGUUGCAUGUCUAACAGUGGGACUUAAAUGGCUAAACACCACCUAGAUUAUCUGCAAUAUUUCUUGUGGGGGGAAAAAAAAAUGGCUUGUGCAUUUGAACCCAUAAAGUCCCUUUUUGCCAUGCAGGAUUUCCACUUGGGGAUUUAUUUAUUUUAUUUUUUUAUUUUUAAAUUCCUUUCAGGGUGCAUGGCACUGUGCAGUUAUCAAAGCACGGAUUCUGACACAACACCAGUUGAUCAGUGUUGAAAACAAAAAUAGUUUUCUUGAUUAAGCAAAAUUACACACAUCAUGAACCAGAGCUCUGGAUCCUUCCACCCUUUGUUUUUUUUGUGUGUGUGUGUUUGGGGGGUUGAUAUUAGUUUCUUGUCUUUAUGGUAGUCAUAACACUACUUUUUUUUUCUUUAUCAUGAUUUAAUAUUCAUAAAGAAUGCCUGUUGUUUCUUGACUUGUGCACUUUUUUCCCCUCCCCCUCUUUUACUCCUAGUGAAUCCUGUGACUAAUAAAUGGAAAAGUUAUAUAGGGUUUUUUUAAUUAUUUAAUUAAAAAAAAUUUUAAUGCUGGAAGAAUUUGCAAAGUAUGGUAUAUUGUGUGCAUGAUUUUUUUUUUUUUCCCCUCAAGCUUGUUGAUUUCUAACGUGAAACUGGUUUUAUUGUACUAUACUUAAAUGUAGUUUCCUGUUUUGUAAAAUCUUAUUGAGAAAUAGCUUCUCAGUCAUGAAUGAAUUGCUUAUGAUUGCUCACCUUAUUGUGAAUGUAUAGUUAAAGUGCAAAUUGUCCACAUAUGUGAAGAUCAAUGCUUUUAUUAUAGGCUGCUUAGAUAAACUCAAGGAUAUGUUUGUCUUUUAAAUGCUUGUUUGUUUGUUUGUUUGUUUGUUUUUUGGGAGGGGGGGGACUUGGUACAGAACUUAAGACUUUACCAAAACAUACACACACACAGCGCCGGUUAGGUUUGGACACAUUUUUCUAAUUCAGUGGUUUUAUUUAUUUUUAUUAAUUAAAGAACACUUCAUAUCGUAAAGUAAUGAUGGACUGUUGUUUCUCUUUACUUAGUUGAGCAGUUCUUGACAUAAUAUGGAUUACUAUAGGGCAGUGAAAGUGGGGAAGAUAUCAGAAAAAGUACAGGAAAGGAGGUUGCAGUGGUAUGGUCAUGUGAUGAGGAGUAUGUUGGUAGAAGAGUGAUGGAUAUGGAGAUGGAAGAAAAAGAGGAAUACCGAAAUGAAGAUGGUUAGAAAGUAUUAGAAUUGACUUGACUUAAGAGAGAAAGGCCUGUCUGAACAAGAAAGGAGCAAUCGUGCAAUAUGGAACAGACUCAUCAAAUCCAUCGACCCCACAAAGAAGUGGGAGAAGAUGUCCGUAGAAGACUGCAGUUGUGAAAUAGGGCUAUUUACUGUAAUUUUUUAAAAAUUAUUAUUUACGAUUUACUGUUUUGAUGAACCAUGAGUUGGCCAAGUGGUUAGCGUGUCCAACUCUUGACUGGGAGUUUGAGUUCUACUCGCAGUUGGGUCAUACCAAAGACCAUCAUAAAAAUGGUGCCUACUGCCAUCUGGCGAGGCACGCUGCAAUACAGAUGUGAGUAGACAGUUAAACCCACAUGGUUACCAGAGGACUGGCCCCCUACUGUAACCCGAGCUGUGUAAUAGGCAAGAGGCCAGGGAUACUGAAAUAGAGAUCGGUGACACCUAAUGCGUCUCAAAGGCCUGGUUAGUACUGGGGUGGGAGAUUGCCUGGGAACAUCAGGUCUUGGCAUAUGAAGGACUUUGAUCUGUCGCACAUUAAGAAGGCAAGGAAAUUGCACUAAUUAACUUUUGACGAGGCACACCUGUUAAUUGAAAAGCAUUCCAGGUGACUACGUCAUGAAGCUGGUUAAAAUAAUGCCAAUAGUGUGCAAAAAAUGGUGGUUACUUUGAAGAAUCUAAAAUAUGAAAAAUAUUUUUAGUAUUUUUUGUUUACCACAUAAUUCCAUACAUGUUAUUUCAUAGUCUUGGUGUCUUCAGUAUUGUUCUCCAAUGUAGAAAAUGGUCAGAAUACAGAAAAACCUAUGAAUGAAUAGGUGUGUCCAGACUUUUAACUGGUUUUCUCUCUCUCUCUCUCUCUCUCUCUCUCUCUCUCUCUCAUUAUAAAAAUAUAUAAUUUUGUGUGUCCACAUGCAUGCGUAUGUGUGUAUAUACAGUGCCCUCCAUGGUUAUUGCCCCCUCCCCCUGUAAAGAUUAGUAAAAAAAUGGCUUGAAAAAAUCCAACCUUUAAUUGAAAUAAAUUUAUUGAGAAAAACAAA